GCUCGGAGAGAAAGCCAGUGCGGGGGGGAUGUUGCCAUCAUGUGCUUGGAACGAGCAGCUUUAUUGGCGUCUGGAUCAAAAGUGCCCCUCCGUCUGGGAUGAGAAGGUAGAGAUGUUACUUUCCACUGUGUAACGACGGUGAUUGUUCAUUACUAUUGUCAACGUCAAUAUGCCUCAAAGGGAGUUUGUACCGAAGAAAUACGAGCGCCACAGCUCUGGCGACGCAUCAUCUGUACAUCUGCGGUCAAUUGACGGAAAGCAGAGCUUCAAUUUCUCCUUUGAAGCCGUGCGACCCAAUCUGUUCAGAGUGAGGUUCUCCUCGCCUGAGCAUCCUCUACCUCCAUACCCCAGUGUUUCCAACCCGGAAGCACAGCUGGGCGAUGGUGCCACCAGCUCUCUCUCCACGACUGAUAAUCAUUCUUCAUCGAAAAUCGAAAUUGGAAAUGUGGUCGCAAUCGUCGAUUGGAAGAACACCCCUGAAGUGUCUCUUUCUUGGACCGGGUCUGAUAAACACCUGCAUCGCGAUCUAUCAGGCCGGUCGUACGUGGUCGAUGGCAGCGGCGUGACGCAUUACAGCGUCCACGACCGCGAUGCCCUGCACGUCGGUCUCGGCGAAAAAGCCGCCCCAAUGGACUUGUCGAAUCGUCAUUUCAUACUCUCAGCGUCAGACACCUUUGGCUACGACGUAUACCGCACAGACCCGUUAUACAAACAUAUCCCCCUGCUCAUCAAAGCCAGCGCCGAGGGUGUAGUAGCGAUCUUCUCAACAUCCCACUCGCGCGGAACAUGGAGUGUUGGAUCCGAACUCGAUGGCCUCUACGGCGCCUACAAGGUCUACCGCCAGGACUAUGGCGGCUUAGAAGAGUAUUUUAUUGUCGGCAGGACCCUAAAGGACGUGGUUCGGUCCUACGCCGAACUCGCCGGUUUCCCACUGCUCCCUCCACGAUGGGCAUUUGGAUACAUCUCUGGAGGGUACCGGUAUACCAUGACUGACUCACCGCCUGCCAAUCAAGUUUUGCUAGACUUUGCUGCCACGCUGAAGCAGCACGGUAUUCCAUGUUCUGCGCACCAGAUGAGCUCGGGCUAUUCCUUUUCGGACGCGACCCCAAGUCUCCGGACUGUCUUCACAUGGCACCCGAAGCGGUUUCCUGACCCUAAGAAGUGGACAGCUCAGAUGCAUGCUGCCGGCAUGCGCCUGCUGACGAACAUCAAACCAUUCGUGCUCUCUUCCCACCCGGACUUUGACAAGCUGAAAACCGCCUCGGCGCUGUUCGUCGACCCGGAGACGAACGAGCCUGGAUACAUGGCAGUAUGGAGCGCCGGCGGAGGUAUGGGGGGAGAAGGAUGCCACAUCGAUUUCUCCUCGGAAUUCGGCUUCAAAUGGUGGUACGAUGGGGUGCAGAAACUGGCCAACGCAGGGGUCGAUGGCAUCUGGAACGACAACAACGAAUAUACCCUACCUCACGACGACUGGGUGCUGAAACUCGACAACAAAGAUACCCUCCUCUCAGACCGCAGUGGCAAUAAUGUGCCGGCCUCCCUGGGCCUCUGGGGCCGCAACAUGCACACGGAACUCAUGGGCAAGGCCUCGCACGACGCCCUCGUCGACCUGCGCCCAACACUACGCCCCUUUGUGCUCACACGCAGCGCGACUGCCGGCACGCUGAGAUACGCCGCGAGCUCCUGGAGCGGCGACGACGUGACCAGCUGGGAGAACCUGCGCGGCGCAAACGCGCUGUCCCUCAACGCCGGCAUGUCCCUGCUGCACUGCUACGGCCACGACAUCGGCGGCUUCGAAGGCCCCCAGCCAUCGCCCGAGCUGCUGCUGCGCUGGGUGCAGCUAGGCAUCUAUUCACCCCGCUUUGCAAUCAACUGCUUCAAGACUUCACCCUCGGACAACCUCCUCGGCGACGUCAUCGAGCCAUGGAUGUACCCCGAAAUCACGCCCCUGAUCCGCGACGCAAUCAAGCGCCGCUACGAGAUUCUGCCCUACAUCUAUUCGCUUGCGCUGGAAAGCCAUCGCGCCGCCUCCCCACCCCAGCGAUGGAUUGGCUGGGGGUAUGAGGCUGAUCCGGAGGUGUGGAGCAAGAAGCUCAAGCAGGGCGAGGAGCAGUUCUGGUUUGGCGACAGCCUGCUGAUUGGCGGCGUGUACGAGCCUGGGGUGAGCGUUGCAAGGGUCUACCUACCACGGAAAUCUGCUGUAGAUGGAGUAGAUGGAGAAGAAGGAGGGUUUGACUACGGCUACGUGAAUCUCACGGAACCAUACCAGUACCUCGCGUCAGGUCAGUGGGUGGAGAUUACCGCUGAAUGGAAGAAGAGCAUCCCCAUUCUCGCGCGGAUCGGCGGCGCGGUGCCCGUGGGUAAGAGCGUGGUGACGCGCACGCCCGGCGAGGAGAAGGUCGAUGAGGCGGCGGCGAACCUCGAGGAGGAUGAUUACCGUGGUGUAGAGGUGUUCCCGCCUAGGGGAAGUUCGCGGGGCCAGGUGUUCAGGAAUACGUGGUAUGAAGACGAUGGGAUCUCGAGGACGGCAAAGGUUUCGAGUUUCACUCUUGCGUAUAGUUCGACGGAGGAAAAGGUGACUGUUGGGUUGGCCCGUGGAGCGGAUAAUGGGUAUACGCCGGCGUGGAAGAAUCUUGAUAUCAUCCUGCCGAAUGGGGAUCAUAGACAUGUGGUUUCGGACCUGGGUAAGCCGUUGGAGUACGAAGGCGUUGAUUCGCGCGGUCGUUCGGUGUAUAAACUGGUUACCUAAAUACACAUGUAUGAAAUGCACA